AUGUCGGUGUUCGCGGGGGUGAAGUUCUUCCUCUCCAAUCGGCUGUCGAUGGAAGACCACCGCAACCUGCGCAAAAUCAUCGCGGACCAGGGUGGGCAGAUUGUGGAGCAGCCCGGCGAUUCCAAAUGCUUCCACGUUCUGCCCCUCUUCACACAACCUGACGCAGAGGCCGAGCUGCUGCAGUACCAGAAAGAGCUGCUCCCUAUCAUUGGCCCUCCUUGUGUGGUGGAAGCCGCGGAGAGGCGCUACCAACUGCCGGACAGGGAGGCGGUACGGCGGAGUCCCCUCUUUGCCCGCUUCCUGCUCGGCGCCGUCGUAUGCAGCACCGCCAUCAGCGCAGACAUGCGGAGCGCACUGGUCCAGCGCGUGCUGUGGAUGGGCGGCGAGUGGCACAUGGACUUCACCAACACCGUCACCCACAUGCUGGCCUACAUGCCGGGCUCGGAGAAGUACAAGGUGGCCGUCCAGCGCGGCCGGCCGGCGCUGGUGCACCCCAGCUGGGUGACGGAGUGCUGGAAGCAGCAGGCGCUGGUCCCCAUCGACCAGUUUCCCGUCCCACCGUUCACGGGGCUGACCAUGACCGUCACCGGAUUCCCGCACGACGAGCGCGAGAAGAUGAAGCGGCUCUGCAUGCAGCAUGGCGGGCAGUACUCGAGCGAUCUCAACAGGAGCUGCACACAUCUCAUUGUCGAGCGACCGGGAUCAAAGAAACACCAGUACGCACUGCUAUGGGGAAGCGUCAAAGUCGUUCACCCGCGAUGGCUCUACGAGAGCGUGGAGAAGCGAGCGUGCUUGAAGGAAGAGGACUUUCCAGUUCUGCCGGCCGAGUCCCAGAGCCAGAGUUCUGCCAACCAAGACGCCCCUUGCUCCAGCGGCACUGUCGAUUCGGACUCACAGCUCAGCAUCUCUAUGGCUGACCCGGACGAGGCGGAACGAACGCGAAGCCACAGCACCGCCCUGAAGCGCCCGCGCUCGCCUGCGGGCGCUGGCGCGGGGGCGGCGCACUCGGCCGAGAGCAAAAAGCGAAAGCGAGCGGAGCCGCCAGCAGCACUGCCGGUCUCGAUGUCGACUUCGAGGCGACACGACAGGAGCGGGGGCGGUGAUGACGAGGAGGUCAAGAGCUCACAACAACCCAUGGCCAGGAGGCAGCGCCAGCCUAGAGGCGAAAUUGCGCCCAGUGUCACUCAAGGCGCGAGCAUGUUGGAUCCGGCCACGCUCCCGCCCUUCUCCUAUUCGCCCUUCGAGAGCCCCUCGCUGUUCAAAGGGUUCAGCUUCCUGUGCAAGGGAUUCGACUCCGCCAAAGAGCGAAGUGAAAUCAAAAAGCUGGUGGAGGACCACGGCGGGGUGGUCACUUUCGACAACCCAACCGGAGCGUCCACAGUAUCGCCUGUAGCGGGCACAUAUGUGCUUUAUGAACUGGCUCCCCACGGCACGCCUGGCGUGUCCAACCAACCGUUGCCGACCGGCGAGCGCGAACCACCCGCCAACAUCGUGGUCACUCCGCAGUGGGUCCAACGAUGUAUUCAGGAUGAGCGGGUGAUGGACCCCAUGGAAAUGCCGAUCCUGUUCACUCCGCUGCCCCAUCCGCUCCCGCUGCCCAAGCCGCCACUCAGCUACCUGAUCUCCGUCACAGGCUUUGCAGGUGUGGAUCGAGAGAAUCUCAAGGGACUGAUCGAGUCGAUGGGGUUUUCCUACACCGACCGCUUCACAAAGAAGAACACGCACCUCAUCUGCAAGGAGGCGAGCGGGGACAAGUUUGUGAAAGCAAAGGAGUGGCAGCGAGGUGCCAUCGUCAGCGCUGAAUGGUUGACUCAGUCCGCGAGCAAGGGUCGGAUCCAGGACACGAAACGCUUCGCCGCCGCCCAGACGGAAGACGUGCUGAGCGUGAACAGGAAAUUCGAGGAACGCCAACGGAGUCAGGCCAAGAUCAACAAGCUCAAUAAGGACAGGAGCGUGAUCUGCAUAUCCGACCCGAAGCCUCCCAAGGAGCGGUCGAGCACCGUGAAGUCGGGGAGACGGCGGAGCUCUGCCGCCACCUCGUCGUUGUCGUCGUCGUCAUCAACUUCCCUGGCCCCGCACGGCGCAGCGGUCCCCAGCGAACCCUUCCUCUCCGACGUCACCAUCCUCGUCUCGAAGAAGCUCGAACAGCAACAAUCGGUGCUGCACGACUUGGUGGCAUCGAUGGGCGGCACAUUUGCGUACAUGUUCGACCCCUCCAUCUCCCACCUCAUUUUUGAGGGCAGAGCGGACACGUCGAAGGAGCUUCGGUUAGCCAAGGGGCACAAGCACAUCAAGAUCGUGUCCCCGCUGUGGCUGCACGCUUGCAAGAGACACAACGCCAAGGUGGACGAGAUCGAGUACCCGCACACGAUGAACCCGAGGAUGACGCUCGGGCUCGACUUCAAGUCGCCCUCGCUGGUCGCCGUCAAGAAGGAGAAGCGCGAUCCCGACAACAACCACCACCCCGCCAUCCCGCAGCCGGCCGCGAUCGCAGUCGUCAAGCGCGAGGUCAAGGAGGAGGAGGAGGACCUUGCGCUCGCCUUCAACGUCGACAACUACUACUCGCAGCAAUCUCACCACCAUCACCACCACCAGGAGGAGCGGGACGAGGACCUGUUUGUGCCGCCCACGCAGCAGCCGUCCGACUCGGCCUCCUAUCGCGUUCCGCUCACGCUGCAGCACCACCGGCCCCAGCCCACGGCGGGGUCGAUGACGACACGGGAGCAGACGGAGACGCGGCCCUCGGAUACGCGGGACGAGAGCUGGGCCGUCCCGGAACGAAGCCGAAGGGGAGAGGAGAACGAAUGCGACCUCGACGAAUACGGCGACGAACGGAGAAAAGAACGAAAACGAAGCCGAGAACGAAGUGAGGAGGAGGAAGGAGAAGAGGAAGACGAGCCGUUGCACCGAAGUAGACGAGAGGGAAGGAAGGCAAAUCAGCGGAAAGAAGAAAGAGAAGUGGUAGUGGAGGAGUACGACGACGAAGAGUCGACGAGAACGAACUACGAGGUGGUGGUGGGGUGCACGCCGGACGUGCGGCAAGGCGGAGGGACCACCGUGCCGGGGAUGCCGCCCUAUUUCUGGCAGGCUGGAGCAACCACCACGACCACAACGACGACGACGAUCAAAACCGAGGAGCCAGGGUUCAGGGACGACGACAAUGGCGAGGAGCGACGAGAGAACGAGAAGCAGCAACAGGAAGACGUGGAUGAAGAAGAUGAAGGAGAAGAGAAAGAAGAAAAGGAAGAUGAAGAGGAGGAGAGCGAAGGCAGCGGACACUCGGCCAUCAUCCAGCAGCUCCUGCAGAAGAACAAGGCCUCCAGCACCGGGCAGAUGCGUAUUUCGCCGCUGCUUCGCAUGCAGCCGAAAACUUCGUCCUUCAUGCUGGAGACCAUCAGUCGAACGGUCGCGCGAAGCGACACCAUGCUGGGCAAGGAGUACAACCGUUCGCUCAGCAAAUUUUCUUCAUCGACGAUGUUCAAGCCACCGAUGAGCAAGGACAUCCUGCCAUCGCAGACCGAAGAGGAAGAGGAUCCUGCGCCAGAGUCCUCAGAGCGACGAUACGCGGAUGAACCCGACUCGCAGGUGGUCAAGUACGCCUUCCCGCUCGAGCAGGCCGCGCAAGACCUCCUUUUCAGCCUUGCCGAGGAGUCGAUGGACACUGAGGGAGGGGCGUCGGCUACGGAGUCGGCCAGCGAACGAGAGAGUCGAAAGCGGAAGACCGGGGCGGGUGUGGAGGAGACGGUCCAGGCCAAGGCGGCGACGGACGCGUCGGAGCAUCAGCGGGGCAGCGAGACCAAGCGGCGGCGCAAAGACGAGCCCAAGACCGAUGAAGACGAGGCGCCGCCGAAGGACCCGAUGGACGGCAAGGAGGUCCAGCAGCAGGUCACCGAGAGCCCGUGGAGCAGCCGAGGCAGCGGCAACGGCGUUACCGGCUCGGGUCCCAACCGCGCCAGCGGCUCCCUCGAUCGAUCACUCGCAGGCAAGUCUUACAUAUUCAUGUUCACGGCGUUCAAUUCGACCACGAACAAGCUGUCGCCGACUUACGUCGACACGGUGCGGGAACUGGGCGGCCACGUGUUGGAGACCAAGUUCUUCCAUCCGCGCUGCACGCACGUGGUCAUGGCCGAACCCGUGCGCACCGAGAAAUCCCUUGCCGCCUGCGCCGCUGGCAUUUGGUUGUUGAAGGCGUCGUACUUGGAGGAGUGCGUGGAAAAGAACGCGUUUGUCGAUGAAAGCCGACAUAUUUGGACUGAGCAGGACACCGACAAUGAAGUCGCGCAGUUGAUGAUCGCCUCGAGCCGCAGAUGGCGGGCGGAGGUGGUCAAGCGCAGGCUCGAGCUCCAGCAAGCCGGCAAAAAGGGCGAGGAGUUGCUUCGCGUCGGGGCUUUUGCCGGGUGGCGAGUCCUUGUGGUGCACUAUGCGGACGUCAAGCGCGGAGAGGGCCUCAAGCGACUCAUCGAAGCCGGCGGUGGCGAGGUCUGUCCCACCUCCGCCACCCUGCCGUCGGGCCUGACCAUGGCCUUCUUCAACGACCGACCCGACGAAUCCAGCGACCUCGUGGUGGCGCUCCGGCGAGCCAAGGUGCCGGUGCUGACGGCGGAGUACAUCGGCGACUUCCUCACCCGCUACCCGCAGCCGCCCGUGGACCGGUACAACUUCACGUCGCCCGCCUUCGCCUACCAGCGCCGCCCGCGCGGAGCCACCGGUGCAACAGCCAACUCUGCCGCCGGGUCGUCCGUCUCGCUCCUGGGUUCUGGCGGCGGCGGCGGCGGCGGCGCGUCAGCUGCGGCAACCGCGGCCAGCACCGCGGCCGGGGUCAAGAAGCUCUCUACGCGCACCGUCAGGAAGUGA